AUGAGACCUGCUCAGGUGUAUGAGUUCAUGAAGGAGUUUUAUGGAGGAGCCGAUAAUGUGCCAUUUACUAAGACAGAUUGCAAUAAUGAGAUUGGCCGUGAGCGCAAGAAGUAUUUAGAAUCUAAUGAUGCACAGACACUAUGCAACUAUUUGAGAAAUAAGCAAAUAGAGGAUCCUACAUUUUUUUAUGCAAUUGAUAUUGACGAGGCAACUGGUCGAAUAGCUAAUUUCUUUUGGGCAGAUGGUCAGUCUAUAAUGGAUUAUGCAUGCUUUGGUGAUGCUGUGUCAUUUGACACCACAUUUCAAACUAAUAAGUUUGAAUUGCCUUUUGCUCCAAUCCUUGGCACCAACCAUCACAAGCAAACUAUAAUUUUUGGAGCUGCAUUGAUAUUUGAUGAAUCAAUUCCAUCAUUUAUUUGGCUGUUUGAAACCUCUUUAGAAGCAAUGUCAGGGAAGCAUCCUAGUACAAUUUUCACCGACCAAGACGCAGCCAUGGAAGGUGCAAUUGCUUAUGUAUUACCAAACACAAGUCAUCGUCUUUGUAUAUGGCAUAUUUAUCUAAACGCUGCUAAACAUCUUGGGCAUGUAAUUCAGAAGCAUCCUAAGAAGUUUCAACCUGCUUUUAAGAGCUAUGUUUAUGAAGAUAGAUCUGAAUUUUACUUCAAUAAGAAGUGGUAUGACUUGUUAGAGGACUACAAUCUUGAGGAUAAUGAGUGGAUGGCAAACCUUUAUUCUUUGAGAAGAAAAUGGGCACUUGUCUACCAUGACUCAUUUACAGCUGAUAUGACCUCUACUCAAAGGAGUGAAGGAAUGAAUAAUGUUUUCAAGAAAAGAUUUCAUAGAAAACUGGGUCUUUCGGAGCUACUUGUAGAAUGUGAGAAGGUAUCUGCUAGUCUUCGUGAAAAUGAGGUGAAUGCAGAUUUUCAUUCACGUAGAAAGAUCCCAAAUAGUUACAGCCCCAGUUUGCCUAUGUUGAAAACUGCAGCUGAAUCAUACACAAGGAGAAUGUUCUUGGAGUUUGAAUUAGAAUUUAAGGAUCAAUUUCUAUUAACCGGGCAAUUGUUACAAAUAGAGGGGUCAAUUUUGACAUACAUGGUUACACAUAUGCAAUCAUCUCAUGGAGCAACAGUUGUAUUCAACACUGUAGAUAUGACCAUCAAAUGUUCUUGCAGAAAGUUUGAGUCUAUAGGAGAAGAUGAUAAUAGUGCAACUGAAAACAGACAUGAAGCCACUCAUAUUUAUGGCCAUCCUUCAACGGUGGCAAUUCCAUCAAUCCAAAGCUGUUAUGCUAAUGCUGCAAUGCCACACUUCAAUAUGUAUGUGAAUUCUUCUGGAAUGGAUGCCCAUGGUGUGCAAGGAGGAUACACAAGUCUUUUACUUGGAGUUCAUCAAGAUGCCGCAUCAGCUGUUAGGAAAUUACAUUUUGAUGGUGUGCCAAACAAUGAAAACAUAUGA